UUCACAAUUCAUUUCCUAAAUUUUCUUUACCAGGGAUUUUAUCCCAUUUUUUUUUUUCAGGGAUAUAUGGAAGCUUGAAAAUGGAGACAAGAGAAAAAAAAAUCAUCCUUUUAGGGAAGAAAAUGGAAUUUGUAAGAGUGAAUGUAAAAUAAAUAUGGUUUACAGAAUAACAUGAAUAUAAUGUGAAGAGUAAACACUUGUAAAAGUGUACAUUUGAAAUGCCUACAUUUUAGACUCAGUCUUUAGUGAAAGUAACAUUUUCCUAGUUUAGGAGAUAGCUUUUGAAAGUCUUGAGAGAAGAUAGUUUUACAUUGGGAGAGAACCCUAGUAAUCAUUGAAAAGGAUAUUGCCAUUCUGCUCUUUAUUUCAAGGUAGAUGAUUUCGCAUAUGAGUUUGGGACUUUCUUUUAAGAAACAUCUCUGAAAAAAAGUAAUGGUUUACCAUGAAGAAUUCUAGGAUUUUGUUUUGAACAUUCUUUGAAUACAUUUAUAUAACAAAUUAUUUGGGACUAACUAAAAUAAGCAAUUUAAUGAAGCUGAAAAGUCACAUAAGGAAGUAAACAAAACGUGUUUCCCAUAGAAAAUGAAAUAAACAGCAGUGUCAUGUGUCCUGAGCAGUAGCCCCCCAGGAUAGUAUUUAAGGGCUGCCCUGUAGCAAAAGAGCAUCAAACUUCACUCACCUCUCCUGAUUCCUCUCUCUCCUCAUCUCAUCUGAACCCUUUUGACUGACACUAUGGGUUGCUGUGGCUGUAGAGGAAGUUGUACCACCUGCAAUAGCUGCGGUGGCUGCGGCUGUGGCGGCUGUGGUGGCUGCGGCUGUGGCGGCUGUGGCUGUGGAGGCUGCGGCGGCUGUGGCAAUUGCUGUACCACCUGUACCUGCCGCCGUGUAGGCUGUUGCUCUGGCUGCUGCCCCUGCUGCUGUGGCUGCUGUGGGGGCUGCUGCAGCCCUACAGUGGUCUGCUGCCGCCGCACCUGCUGCUGUGGUGGCUGUGGUGGCUGUGGCUGUGGCUGUGGCUGUGGUAAGGGAUGUGGCUGUUGCAAGGGCUGCUGCCAACAGAAAUGUUGCUGCCAGCAGUGCUGCUGUAAGAAGCAAUGCUGCUGCUAGGUGGGAGUGAGCAGAGACUGGCUUCCCAGAAGGAACUUCUGGAGAUUUAUGUAUAGCAUAAAGGUAAGAUUUUCUCCUUUUGCAUACAAUCUGCUCCUCUAUGACAUGCAUGCAAUCAGUAAUUAUAUAUUUAGACCUUUAAACUGUUGUGUAUCAUGGCAGAUUUUGUGGCUUUGUUCCAUGUGUAAAAGGAUAGUAUUAAUCUUUUGAUUUUUAAGUGCCAUAAGAGAAGUUUUAUAUAUUUAUACAUGUGUCUUUAUAUAUAUAUAUAUAUAUAUUUGAGUUGAACAAAAUGGUAUGAUUUCUAACAUUUUUUUCUUUUGAAAUGUAUAAUCCUUUAUAACUCUUACACUGGUAUUUCCGUUCUUUUUGUAUGUACCUUAUACUUUUUAUAAAUUUUCCCCUACUGCUAACAUGCACUAAUAGAUACAAGACCACCUUUUUAUAAAUAAACUCAAUAAACUAAACUAAACUUACAUUAAAA